UCUUUGACCUUGAAAUUUAAAACGUCAGGAACUCCGGAAGUGAAAUAGUAUACCAAACAAUGUAAUAUUCUAAUCUAACGUUGUUGACAACAUUGAUAACUAGAAACAAUGGAAAUGCAUGUUAGUUCGUGUUUACAUAAAUUCCAAUAGUGCACAAGUAUAAUGGUGGCCAUCCACUAUGAUUUCCAAAAAGAUGUUCCCACCUUUAUUGGGGAGAUCAGAAAGCCGAAACAGAACUUUGUCAUUCCGGUAGUGUUUUUAUUAUGCCUAACAGGAACCUUCGCUUUGAUAAUAUUAUAUUUAUACCACAACGAACAGUUGCAGUCUUUACGCAUAAAAACCAGAAAUGCUGUUCCCACACGUCUAGUCUGCUACUACAAUUUCCCAGGUACAAAUGAUCUUCAACCCAAAGAUAUAGACGCUUUUUUAUGUACUCAUAUCAUAGUUGGAUUCUUAAAUGUGAAUACUAGUCAUGAGAUUGGUGUUAGUGAAACACAAGUGGAAAUUUUACAACGGGUAAAUGAUCUCAAAGUUAAAAAUCCACAUCUGAAGGUGCUAGUUUCCGUUGGUGGUGCUGGAAACACCAAAGGAUGGUCAGGAAUGGUUAGCAAUCAUAUUAAUAGGAAGAGGUUCAUAAAAUCCACAAGGAUUUUCUUGAAAAACUAUGAAUUGGAUGGAAUCGAUCUCGACUGGGAAUAUCCAAACGAUUUAGGUGUCAACAACAAAGAAAGAAUUCACUUCACUCAGUUACUGGAAGAGUUCAGGUCCCAUAUCAACCGAAAUUCUUACAAAUUCUUAUUAUCUGUAGCUGUGCCGUCUUCUUCUUUUCGAGUGGAUAUUUCAUACCAAGUUAAUUAUCUUAAUCAGUUUACGGAUUUUGUGAAUUUGAUGUCAUACGAUUUUCAUUUUUUUUCGAAUUUGACCCCUUUUACUGGGCUUAAUGCACCGCUGCUUAGAUCUUCCUUAGAUAAUGGAAUUUUUGCUUCCCUGAACAUCAAUGAUACAGUCAAUUAUUAUCUAGAAAAAGGUAUGGAUAAGAACAAGAUUAAUGUUGGUUUGCCUACAUAUGGCCACACUUUCACCUUAUUCAAUGAGUACAACAAUGGCUUAUAUUCUCCAGCCAGAGGAUAUGGAUCAGUUGGAUUCAAAGGCUUUGCUACUUAUCCAGAAAUUUGUAAAUUCUUGAAAGCUAACAGAAUCAGGAGAUACUUUGAUUCAAUCACUAAAAGUCCAUACGCUACAAAAGGUUUAGAAUGGAUAUCAUUUGACGAUGAUAACAGUUUGGCAUUGAAGGUUCAAUUUCUGAAGGAAAAAGGAUUUGGUGGAAUAAUGACGUAUUCCCUGAACUCGGAUGAUUACAGGGGAGAGUAUGGAAACAGUUUCACUCUCACUAAAGCUGUGAAAAGUAUUCUCGAAUAGUAUUAGAAAAAGAAUUGUAUUGUCAGGAAUGAAUUUCUUAUUUUGCGCUGUGAUUACAGAUUUUAAUGUUUGUUUUAAUAUUGAAUCUUUCAAAUAAAUGUUUAUAUUUUA